UGUCACGGAAGAUAAGGACAUCGCACUGUGUGCCAUCCGUGAAAAUUGGUUAUGUUAUGUUGUAAUAAUCCCCGUAUAUUAUGGAACUAUUUAAUUGGCAAGUGCCGUACGUAAUCUACUAUCAACAUUAUCACAAAAAUCAUCAACCUUGGACUGUAACCUGCCGAAACGAACUGUACUCGACUAGCUAGAGAGUAUCGGAGUGCACCCAUGCCUCUCUCGGCUACAGCAAACUAUUUUAGUACAAAUUGACUGUGGCCAGAUCCGUCGACCGAUCAGUCCUCUUAUUUAUGAGUUAACUCCGUUUGGUGCGGCGGCCCGUAUUUUUUUUUGUAUGGUAGUGUGCGAGUGGUGUGUUCACCACUCAAAAAAAGCCUUCAAGAUUCCGCGAACAAAGAUUUACAAUUUCGAUAGUGAUAGUGAUAGUGAGAUGAGCUACAAGGAUCGAGGCUCGCCGAUAUUGUUGGAAAGUGGGCUGAAAUCCUUCCUCGGACACCCUGGACACAACUUCCCCCUUCUGAACGGAAACAGCAAACCUACUCAUCCCCACAAUCACUCAACUAUAAAAGACUUGGCCGGCAGUAUUCUUGGCGAUGACAGCAAAAGCAAAGAUGACGCUGACCUAUGGGGCAACGUUGAAGCCCAAACGGCCUUUUUGGGACCCAACCUUUGGGACAAAUCGUACGAGACAGAUCUCAAGUAUGUUGAUCUAGACGAAUUCCUAUCGGAAAAUGGAGUUUCGAUGGAUGGUUUAGGAUCCCAUGGAUCACUUAGUACCUUAAGUAACACACAUCCACUACCCAAACGGGAGCGGUCACCAAGUCCCAGCGACUGUAUGAGUCCGGACACUAUGAACCCACCUUCACCUGCAGAUUCCAUUUUUUCUGAAGCGUUGUCAAUGGCCUCAAGUCGAGACUUCGAUCCACGGACAAGAGCAUUUUCAGAUGAGGAACUGAAGCCACAGCCCCUGAUCAAAAAAUCCAGAAAGCAGUUUGUUCCAGACGACCUCAAAGACGACAAAUACUGGGCGCGGAGGAGAAAGAACAACCUGGCUGCCAAGAGGUCGAGAGAUGCCCGACGCAUGAAGGAGAACCAGAUAGCACUCAGGGCCGGCUUCCUGGAAAAAGAGAACAUUGGACUUCGCCAAGAGCUUGAACGACUGAAGAAAGAGAACCUUCUACUGCAGAAUAAAUUAUCAAAAUAUGAAGACGUAUAAACCAGCGCAAGAGCCUAAGAAAAAAUACGUAGAAAAUUCAUUUAACCACCUCGAGAACGAGGUGGCGUUCUUUUAGAAGGCAACCAUACAUUUGUAUAUAAAAUGCAUACAAAAACGUAGUCAUUACGUAGUGCUAAGUAUAAAUUAUGUAGAUUAAGAGAAGAAAUAUAACAGGCAGAAAGAAGGUCGAAAGCAGAAGGAACCUAACAAUUCUUUUGGAAUUAUUUGUUUUUAGUAGCUAUUUAGACUCGAUACUUGUGAUAUUAUGAGUAUGCCACUGGGUAUUGAACUGAUUUUUGAACGUUUUUUAUUAUUACAGUGUACCAGAUUUUUUCUUGUCGAAGAAUAUGAAAUUUUCGUUGAAUUCAUCAAUUUGAUUGAAAUUCUUAUUUCUUCUUUCAUUUCCUUUGGAUGCUGUAAUGUUUUUUAUUUAAAUAUAACAAAAAUUCUCUCUUAAAUUUUUAUUGCUUUUCAUGAUGAUGGUAUGUCGUGUACUUGACUCUCAUUAUGAAAUAAUUUAUGGAGAAGGCAAUGUAUGUCUUCUCUAGAGUUCGUAAUAUUUGCGUUUUUGUGUUUAGAAAAUUUUCUUCUGUUUCUUGACCUUCGCGUUUGACACUUCUGCUAUUGCUUCAGGCAGCAAAUCUGUUGAAAGUGUAGACUAAUUGUUGAUUGUUUUUAUGUUUAUAUAGUCUAUUUUGGUUGAAGUUUAUUUAGUAGAUUGUAAAUCGAAAUGAGUCUUAAGAAAUAGUAUUUUGCUCACACUUUAUAGGAUACAUACUCUUAAAUUUAAUUGAGUCGUCGAAUGGGUUGAGCUUCAUACCGUCGAAGUCCUCUGAAGUUUGACCGUUAAAAAAAAUCGAAAGUAUAUUUUUACACAACUAUCUUGAAAAUUUCCGCAGAUUCUUCAUCUUCUUUCUAUCAAACAGAAGACAGCGGUGGUUUGUUGCUAGUAAAGAGACCUAUCGUAGUGCUUCUUGUAGAGCUAUUAUCUUCACUUGAUGUUAAUGAUUUUCUUGAAUUCAUUUAUGAAUUGUUGUUCAAAUUUUGUGUUUAAGCAAAAAAUAAGGUUGUCUGAUAAACCUCCAAGAAAACAAUUGAAAGUGAUAUAUUUAUAUAAGAUGUUAUACAAAAUGUUACCAUUAUUUCUGAUGAACAAGAAGUUGUCCAAUGUUCCAUCUUUUGCCGCAGAUUAACAUUUUAUUAAUACUUAAAAAUUUAUAUACUGCCUUAUGUAAUAAUACGAAAGUUGAAUUUUUAUAAAUGUUGCCUAAAUGUGUAAUCUGCUGCAAAUGAUUUUUAUAAUGAAAAUUGCUAAAUAUUUUCUAAUUAGGAGAAUACGUUGAUUCCAAUUGAUAUUAUUUUACGAUUUCUGUUUAGUUUUGAUGUCAACUCUAUGAAACGUGUGCUUUAUUCAAAGUUCAUAAACAAUUAAACAAAUAGAUGUAUCAUUGAGCCAAUUUGUUGAUGUCAGUACCUGUUUGCAAUAUGUUGAAGAAGUACAAUCAGCAGGUACGUUGUGAAGGCGUUGAUACAAAAAGUGAAUUUGCUGUUGUGAGCAUUAUAUAAAUCAGAAUAAUUUUGUUGUUUCAUUUACUGCCGUAUUUUGCUAUCUCGUUAAUCGUGAUUUCGUAGAAAAAUAAAGGGUUUUGCCAAACUGAA